GCUCUAAGCCCCCUGAGCUAAAGCUUUUUUAUUUUUCUUUUCAAAACGCUUUACCUCUCAGUUCUCUUCGUCCCUGGACAUUCUUCCGGUCACCAUCGGAGCCGGCGACCGGUGCGACCGCGCGGGGACGCCGUUCCCUCUCAUAACUGUCGCACGCCGGGACGCCGAGCGAUCUCCUACCCCCACCCCCAUCCCAGUCUACCACAGCGACACCGUGUGAGAUCCGUGCUUCAUCGGUAGGCUCAGUUGGUGCCUUGGUGGACUAGUGAACUGAAACUGUAUUAAUAUCUUCAGGCUCUGGUGCAAUGGCCUACGAGAUCAGUGAGAUCAAAAAAAUUGGCAUAGGUCUGGUGGGCUUUGGCAUCCUGUUCUCGUUCCUAGGUGUUAUCCUUUUCUUUGACAGGGGUUUGUUGGCUCUGGGUAAUAUUUUCUUCUUGACUGGAGUAGGCCUUCUUCUCGGUUGGCAAUCUAUGUGGCAGCUAUUUACAAAGAAGGCAAACAUUAAGGGAUCUGUACCUUUCUUCCUUGGUCUCUUUCUUCUAUUUGUCAGAUGGCCUGUUGCUGGUAUAAUCCUGGAACUGUAUGGAUCUUUUGUCCUCUUCAGUGGUUACGGGCCUCCUAUCCAAGCCUUCCUAUAUCAGAUUCCAAUCAUUGGAUGGAUUCUGCAAUACCCCUUUCAGCUAUUUGGUCUGAGGCGUAAGCGUGCUUGACAAUUAUGGUGGCAGAAAUUCAUGAUAAUUCAUGGGGAAAUAGCAUAUUGCCCAAUGUUAAAUUGUCAGUAGAAAAUUAUUGUAGCCUUCAUCUUUUGUAACUAAGCUCUUUAACACUGCAUCUGCAUGACAUGGGCUUUCUAACCUUGGUUGUGAUGACUUCUACCCUUCAAUCAACAGUCGGUAGAUGAUAGUUUAAUAUUUUAAGUUCAUACGUCAACAAAGUAAUGCCAUCAAAUAUGUGGCUGGAUUA